GAAACGGAAAACUCAAAGCCGAGACAGUACUCUAGCUUCUCCGGCGACUCCAGGAGCGCCUCUUUGCACCUCUCUUCUUCUCUCGCUCUCUGUUUCUGAGGUUCUGCAAGAAGUAAAACAUGUCAGUUCUUAUUGUGACGAGCCUUGGUGAUAUAGUAAUUGACCUUCACUCGGAUAAAUGCCCUUUGACUUGCAAGAACUUCCUUAAGCUUUGCAAGAUCAAGUACUACAAUGGGUGUCUUUUUCACACUGUGCAAAAGGAUUUCACAGCACAGACUGGUGAUCCAACUGGUACGGGAGCUGGUGGAGAUUCAAUCUACAAAUUUCUGUACGGUGAGCAGGCUCGUUUUUACAAAGAUGAGAUUCAUCUUGAUUUAAAACAUUCAAAGACCGGCACUGUUGCAAUGGCCAGUGGUGGAGAGAAUCUCAAUGCUUCCCAGUUCUAUUUCACACUUCGUGAUGAUUUGGACUAUCUUGAUGGGAAACACACUGUGUUUGGACAGAUUGCUGAGGGGUUUGACACUUUGACUAGGAUAAAUGAAGCUUAUGUUGAUCCGAAGAACAGACCCUAUAAGAACAUUAGAAUCAAGCACACACAUAUACUUGAUGAUCCAUUUGAUGAUCCCCCACAGCUGGCUGAAAUGAUGCCAGAUGCUUCCCCUGAAGGAAAACCGAAAGAAGAGGUCAAAGAUGACGUGCGGCUUGAAGAUGAUUGGGUUCCAAUGGAUGAAGAACUUGGUGCUCAGGAACUGGAGGAGGUUAUCCGCGAAAAGGCAGCCCAUUCAAGUGCUGUUGUACUUGAAAGUAUAGGAGAUAUCCCCGAGGCUGAGGUAAAACCUCCUGACAAUGUGCUGUUCGUCUGCAAACUGAAUCCAGUGACUGAGGAUGAAGACCUCCAUACCAUUUUUUCACGCUUUGGAACCGUUGUAUCGGCUGAUGUAAUCCGGGAUUUCAAGACAGGUGACAGUUUGUGCUAUGCUUUUAUAGAGUUUGAGAACAAGGAGUCAUGCGAACAAGCGUACUUUAAGAUGGACAAUGCUCUGAUCGAUGAUAGACGGAUACAUGUGGAUUUCAGUCAGAGUGUGUCCAAACUUUGGUCACAGUUCAGGCAAAAAGACUCCCAAAAGGGCAAAGGUAAAUCUUUUUUUUUUUCUCCUCCCUAUGGAAUAAGUGACCUGCUAUAGACGAAACAAGUAAUGAAAUCCUUGGCAAACAUGAAACAGGGAAUGGGUGUUUCAAAUGCGGCUCGACGGAUCAUAUUGCCAAGGACUGUGUGGGUGGUCCGUCUUCAAAGUUUAUUGUAAAAGAUCAAAACAGACAGCACGGAGGAGGUGAAGGCUAUGAGAUGGUGUUUGAGGGUGAUGUGCAUGAAACCCCCAAGCAUAAUAGUCAUGAGAGGGAGAGGAGUGAGAAGAUUCAGAGGAGAAGUCCUCAUGGUAAUGGGGAAGGCAAAAGACAGCACAGAGAUGAACGUGAUGAUGGUAGAAGACAGCAUGAUCGGGAAGACGCACGAGAACUGGAGAGGAAACACAGAGAGAGAAAAGAAAGAGAGAGUAGGGAAGAUGAAGACAGAAGAAGAAGAAGACGCCGUGAAGAGUCUAGAGAUAAAGAGAGUCGGAGAGAGAGAGACGAAGAUGAUCAUCGGAGUCAUAGAGAUUAUAAAGAGAGGAGAAGAGAGAGAGACGAUAGACAUGGAAGAGAAGCUAGACAUGAGAGAAGGGAUAGAUGAAAUCAUGGGCUUCUCAUUUUAAGGGAUAGAUGAAAUCAUGGGCUUCUCAUUUUUGCUCUAUGCGGUUAAGGUUUAUAGUGUUUAGUGGGAUUUGUAUUAAUGAGGUUUUUGAACUACGGAGAAAUGUAUCUUUUGAGUUUUUUGACUAGUGAAGUUCUAAAUUCUCUCUAUUAAGUUCCGAGGCAUUAGAUGAUAAAACAGUUAAAGAAAGAGACCAAACCAAU